AUGCAGUCAAUCGCACUACCCGCACUGCGCCUCGCCGCCACGCGCCGCACCCCUCGCCUCGCCCUCGCUCCAACCGGCACCCCGAUCGCCCAGAUCGACCGCCGCCUGCGCAUCACCUUCACCUGCACCGCCUCGCUCCCCUCACCCACCCCAGGCGCCGACCCGACCCCGUGCGGCCACCGCAGCUCGCACGAGUUCAGCAAGCGCAGCUACGACAAGGGCGUCGUCAUCGUACAGUGCCCGGGCUGCAACAACCGCCACCUCAUCGCCGACCACCUGCACUGGUUCCACUCGACGCCCUCGCCCGCUCACCCGACCGGCCUCCCCUUCGACCCCUCGCGCCCCAAGCGGGCCCGCACCGUCGAGGACCUCUUGCGCGAAAAGGGCGAACAGGUCCAGUGGGGCGCUCCGGCCGGCGAGGGCGGGCAGCUGAGGUGGCGCGUCAGCGAGAGGACCGAAGACGACGGCGGCACGACGGUCGAGGUCAAGCCCGUCGACGAGGGCGACGCCGACACGGGCGUCACGCUCGGCAGGCAGGACUAG